GGCUGUUUGAUUUCGUGGCUCCUUAAUGUCUUGGAUAUUUAUGCUGAAUAAAUGAGAUAAGAGUGAAACUUUAGAAGGAAGAAAUGAUGUCAUUGAGUAGCACAAGGCUCCAGCUGGUGGCUGUUACUCUGAUCAUCCUGAUGGUUUUCUAUGUCAUAUAUUUCUCUAACGUUAAUGAAAAUCUGUUCAAGUUUUCCAGCGCAACAAAACUAAGGUCAGUUUCUCCUAGGAACUUUUCAUUGGCUCAUCAAUGUACCUGCCCUAAAGGCUCAGAACUUCUUAAAGAUUAUAUAGCCAAGGAUCAAUACGAAGAGCUUGUUAAACGGCGAGCUAAGGACCUCCAACAGUACAAAACCAGGAUGGUGUCUGCUGAACUAUCCAGACUGCUGUUUGCUUGGCCUAACUCUCCUCUGCAGUAUCCUAUUCAAGGUUAUAUAGUACAGCCUUUGACCUCUACUCUCAUACCAGGUUUAGGGCUGCAUGCAGAAAACAGAAGCAGCUACAAGGUAUCUUUAAGUGUGUCUAAAGGCAUCCUGACCACAAAUAUUACACCUGAACAGACAAUCAUCAAAGGAUCUGGUAAGAACAAACUGAUUAUCGAGUCUCGCAGCCUGGUGACCCUCAACAACUUGCUAGCCAAAGUGUCCUAUACCAGCACUGACUACCACAUAAACACUGGAGACCUUGCCACUUUCCAGUUUGAAAUGCAUGAAGCUGUGUUUCCAAUUGCCAUCAAACAGCCUCGUGUACCAGUCCUGUAUGACAUGGGAACAGAUAUCAGCUCUCAAGUCACCAUCACAACAAAAACUUUCCAGCGCUAUAGACACUUAAGAGUGUUGCUUGACAGCAUCCGGCAAUUUUAUAGCAACGUAAAAAUUAUUAUUGCCGAUGACAGCUUUGAAACGGAGCUCAUUACUGGAGAAAACAUUCAACAUUACAUUAUGCCUCCAGCACAGGGCUGGUUUGCAGGCAGAAAUCUGGCUGUUUCCCAGGUAACCACCAAGUACUUCCUGUGGGUGGAUGAUGACUUUAUGUUUUCAGAGAAGACGAAGAUAGAGAACCUUGUAGAGGUGAUGGAAGCGAUGCCAGAACUUGACGUGGUUGGUGGGUCGGUGAAAGGGAAUCAGUUUUACUUUGCUCUCAUCUAUGAGGAAGGAGAUGAAAUUGAAGGUGGCUGCCUUUACAGGAAAUCUGGAGGGAAAUUUCAAACACUUCCUGGUUACCCACAAUGUUCUAUGACCAAUGGAGUUGUCAACUUCUUCCUGGCACGCACAGAUGCCGUGCAGAGGGUGGGCUUUGAUCCUAAGCUCCAGCGGACAGCACAUUCAGGUCGGGAGAGGCUAUAUAGCAUGGACCGGUCGGAUGACUACGCCGGAUGGAAGCAUAACCGGAAGCAUGGCAUGGACUUUCCCUUUGACCUUCAUUCAGCUCUAUGA